AUGUCGCCCGUGCUGCCUGCCCGCAGCCUCGCCUACAUUCUAGUCGCUCUAUGUGUGACUGCGAUCCUCUUUUUCGCCCCCUAUCGGCUGCCAUCUCUUCAAGAGCAGGAUAUCCCGGAUGUCCAGGAUGUCUUGGACUUGCCGAACGAGUCGGACCUCGCUUCUCCCACGAAACCAGUGCAAUCAACAACAACCGCCGUAUCCGCAGACCGCACGAAGCCUUCAAGUUCCAUAUACCAAGUGCAGAAUGAAACCCUGGGGUUCCAAGAAGUUUACCUAAUAUCUUUGCCGGCGCGCACAGAUAAAAGAGAUGCCUUUGCUGUACAAGCCGCCUUUACCGAAAUGAAAUACACCCAAAUGGAUGGAGUAGAUGGUCAUCUGGUCCCGGAAAAGGCCCUUCCAUACACUAUGGACCAAAGCCCUGCCGCUAUCGGCUGUUGGCGUGCGCACCUCGAUGUGAUCCAAAAGAUUGUCCGUGAAAAGGUCGCAACGGCGUUAAUUUUCGAAGAUGAUGCGGACUGGGAUGUUUCUUUGAAAUCACAGCUGGUACAAUUCGCCAGAGGCUCCCGAUACAUCACGAAGACUCCAGAGCACAGCACACCCAUUUCUCCCUACGGCGACGAUUGGGACAUGCUUUGGAUCGGCCAUUGUGGGGCCUGGGUUCACCCUGACGACAACAAGCGAUUUUUUGUGAUUCCAGACGAUCCUAGCGUUGAACCUCCGCAAUACCGCCGCAAUGUUGGUGCCCCCGAUAUGUCUCACUGGGAAUCAGGUCCGAAUGGCGACGAGCGAACCAGGAUUGUCUUUCGCUCUGAAGGGGCAGUUUGUACCGCCGGCUACGCCAUCUCUCAACGGGGCGCCCGUAAGGCACUCUACUAUAUGAGCAUGGAGCCAUACAAUGCCCCAAUCGAUUGGGGCUUCGCGGAUCUUUGCAAGAACAGCAAGUACAACUUUACUUGUAUUGCUCCGUUUCCUCAGCUGGUCGGCGUAUCUCGACCCACCUCAAACACCUCUAAGUGGAGCGAUAUCGGUUACGGCAACGACGCCGAAAGAGCCGUCGAGCCUGCUAAUGCCCAGCAUUUGGUCUAUUCGACGCGGCUCAACAUUGCCAAUUUUCUUGCAGGUAAAACGGUGUUUGACAGUCAGUAUCCAGAUGCCACUCCGCCACAACUGGAUAUCAAAGAGAUUGGAGGAGCCGUGGGUCAUGUCGAAGAGCUAGACUGA